AUGUCGAACAUUUCGAACAAUUCGGCCAAACUCUCAACUAUCGAAUUGUCAAUCGAUUUGAGUUAUCAACUCGAAAACAAAUUCAUCGAUUUCAUCAACCAGUAAGUCAUCAACCAGUUAUAAGAUCUCCUCAACUCAUUUUGAUUGAACACAUUGGCUUUUUUUUGAAGUGGCAGUGACAGUGGAAAUUGUAUCAUUUUAAUGAGUUUUUCAUAUAAUUGUCUUUUUUCGAUCAGCUGGCUCACACAAAAACACAUUUCUAUUUAAAUGUAGAAUCAAAAUUGCAUCAAUUUCCUCCACAUUAUAAAAUUAACCAUCAUCUAGAAAAUAAAAUCAAACAUUAUUUAGAAGAACUGAGGUAGUGCCAGUCGAACAAUUCGAUCAAAAUUGGAUUUGGCAGCAAUUUGCCUCUAUCUACAAUACAAAUGAAACACAUGAUAUAAUAAGAUGUGCGUUCAGAGUAUUUGUUCUUCGAUCAUGGCGAAAAACAAUCAAAAUGAAUAUAAAAUUUGAAUUGCUCAAACAUCAUCGUGUCAAAAUUGAUGAGGUUAUGGAACAAUACAUGUGUACUUUUCAUGGAGUACACUUAACAAUAAGUGAUACAAGGCAACUCAUUGAUUGGAAUAAAGAGGUUUCUGCAUUUAUUCUUUCACUGCCUGGCGAAACGUAUUCCCCACUGGCAUAAAUUUCUGACUUUUUUUUCGCAUGGAAUAAAAAAGAGGUAAUUUAAAAUGUUUGGGAAGAAACCUCAAAAUAACCAACACAUAUAUUUUCAGGACUCAACGUUCAAUCAUAGUACUAUGGUCAUACCAGAAAACGUUUUUUCGAGCACUUUGAUAAACCAAUCAACAUCAAAAACAAAUUCUGGUAAAAAAGUGAGUUGACUUUUUUUAUGAAUUCAGUUGUUGAUAUAAGACGCGUUUUUGCUCGAGGAGCCUCCAAACGCAUUAAAUUGUUCUAUUAAUAACAAAAAUUGUUUCAGUUUUUCCAACCGGAAAAAUGCGUUGACGAGUUCGGAGAAACCCAAACACAAGCACCACCGAAUUCGUUGGAGGACACCGAAGAUACCAUAAUGUUGCAAAUCAUCAAAAAGGCUGCAAAAAGUAUGAAAAAAUCGGAUGAAAAAUAG